AUGUCCCUGCGGAGGAGAGAGGGUGCACGCACGGUGAAUGCGGGAGCCGAGUACCAGCUGCGCCUCUCCCUUUUCGACGCCACCUACCACCACUUCUUCGGGAGGACGUGGAGGAGCGUGCGACGAGCUGCCCGCGCUGCCCCACCGCGUCCGACCAGGGCGGCUUUCAACGAGACCGUUUACUUCCACACCUCCUUGAAGCACCCCGGCAUCACCGCCGUUGUGGAAGUGGUGACGACGGCCGGGAAAGGGGAUGGGGGAUCUCAGCAUCUCUCCUGUGGCUUUGGACUCAUCCCCCUCUUCGGCAGCGGGUCGGAGGCGACGGACCCAGCCACCGAGGACAGAGCGCUGAAGCUGUACCAUGGGACGCCACGUGCCUUACUGCACCCGCGCUUCCAGGACCCUGUGGAAAAGAACAAAUACCUGACGGUGAUGGAGAAGAGCCACGUGCAGUACGCCCUGAAGCCCCAUCAGCCCCUGGAGACGAUAUUUCACCUUCUUCCCGAAAACCUUCUGAUGUCUGGGCUGCAGACCGUUCCCGGCUUGCUGCCGGCGCGCGGAGACGCGAGUGACUGCCUGCAGAAACCCCGGCUGAUGAAGCCGGUCACCUGCUACCUGGAGAGGCUGUCUGUCCAGCUGUACCCUUCCCUGGAGGAAUUUGAGGAAGAGCUGCUGGACUUACUGAACAGCGAUCGCUUACUGCAGGCUAACGCUGCGCCGGACGGCGACGGGGUGGCGGUUCGGGAGCGGCGGCUGCAUGUCGGCGUCCAGGGUGCGGGUCAAGCCCUGGUCCUGAGGAGCCGCAUCCACCUGAGCGAAAUGGUCCCUCACCCGGCGUUCGGGGUCUGCUUCCAGCUGGAGUACGUCUUCUGCAGCUCGGGGGGAGCCGGUGGGAAGGAAGGGCUGAGCGUGAACGCACCUCGUCUCCGUGCCGGGAAGCACGUGGAGUCUGGGACCGUCCAAUUCCAUGUUUCAACUGAUUCGGAAGAACAUCUUGUAACUGCUGCGGAGAUCCUACGUAAAGACAGGGACGAGUCGGAGAAGCCGCCUACACCAUCGCUGAGUUCGCCGGCCCCGCUGCGAAUGGCGGCCUCCCCGCGGGGACCCGGGGGAAAGCGCAGCAGCUAUAUAGGAAGCAGAGGUGCGAACCCACGGGCAGCUGGGCUGUGCCGCUUCUUGGCAGAGCGGCGAUGCCGGAGCACGCGGCAUCUGAGCCGCUUUAGCGAGGCGAGGGGCUGCGGGCCUGUCUCACCUUCCCGCACGCUGCUCUCCCGUGCCUCCCUGGCGCGCCUGCACACCGCCGGCUUCCCGGAGAUCCUGGACCACAACCAGGAGCCGGUGGAAAUCUCGGAGCCGGCAGACCCAGCGACUUUCAGCCUGCGGCUGGAGGAAGCCGACCCUCUGCAAGGCAACGAAAUAAUCCUGCAGUUCCUGGCUUUUGGCAGGAGAGGUGGCAGCUCUUUGGAUGCCCGGGACGGCACGGAGGGGACGUGGCCGAAGACCGUCUUCCUCACCUUCCAGUUCUACCGUUUCCCGCCGGUCACCACGCCGCGGCUGCAGCUGGUCAGCACAGAUGGGGGGCCGGCGGCCGGGACGGCUGUGCCAGCGCAGCUCCUCGUCCGGGUGAACAAGGACGGAACCCUUGGCACUGGACCGCCGGGCUUGCAGCUGAAGUACAUGGUGGAUCCCGCUUUCCUGCGCCCCGGGGAGCAGCGCUGGUUUGUGCGGUACCUGGCUGAGCACAGCCUCCAGAUUGACGUCUGGGAUGGAGACUCCCUGCUCCUCGUUGGGUCCGCUGCCGUCAAACUGGAGCCCCUGCUGCGCCAGGGCCGAGCAGCCGUCAGGACCCACCACGAGCUGGAGGUGGCCACGACCGAGUACGAGCCGGACGUGACGGUGAUGGGCCGGGAGGCGCUGCGGCACGGUGCCCUGCGGCCCCUCGGUGUCCGUGUGGUGGUGAGGGGCCGCCUCCACCUCUGCCUGGCCAACAUUGGUAAGAGCCCGCUGCUGAUGUGGCCAAAAGGCUUGGGUGCCAGCGCCGGUGCCCCGCAGCACGUGCCCCUCGCCGGGUACCUCCGGUGCCACUCGGAGCCCCCAUCCCGGCACCGGCUGGGAUGCGGGCAGAGGCGUGCGGCUCCUGGUUGUGCUUGCGAUCCCUUCCUGCCUGCUCGGCUGGAAAUGCCGGCGCAAGGUGGCGGGGAGGCCGGCGGUGCGGGGACGAUCAUCGAAGCCUACCGGGAGCACGUCAAGGGCGAGAGCAUCUCCCGCGUGCUCAGCCAGGCCAUCACCGCCACCCACACCGUGCACGCCGUGCUGGGGACGGCUGAGUUCUUUGAGUUUGCCUUGAAGAACCCCUACGGCGUCCAGCACACUGUGACCAUCGAGGUCGACCACCCCGAGCUCAGCGUCAUACUGGACCCGAGAGAGUGGCGCCACUUCAAGGAACUGACCAAGAGCGUUACACCAGUGGAGGAGGAGAUGUUCCACCUCCGCGAUGACCUCAGGCCUCAGGUCUACCUGCGCCCCAACGAGACUGUCCGCAUCCCCUUCAAGUACCAGACCUUCUCUGCAGACCCCGCUGUUGUCGCGGCGCAGGGGCCGGCUGGGCUGGGCACCGGUGCCGACAGGGAGAAGCAUCGCUCUUGUAAAACUCCAUCAUCCCUCUCCCGCUGCGCCCCCCUCCCCGCGGGACAGGUCUCCUUCCAGGUGAGCGGGGGGAAGCCCAUCGCGCUCCUGCGGGUGAAGGUGGAGCCGCAGCCCCACGUGGUGGACCAGACGUUCCGCUUCUACCACCCGGAGCUCACCUUCCUGAAGAAGACCAUUCGGCUGCCCCCCUGGCACACCCUCCCCGGCGCGCCGGUGGGGAUGCUGGGGGGGGAGCCCGAGAUGUUUGUUCGCUGCAGUGACCCUGACAUCAUUUGCGAAACCAAAAAUAUGGGGCCCGGAGAGCCGCAGGACAUCUUCUUAAAAGUAGCUGGAGGACCCAGCCCGCAGAUCAAAAAGUUCUUUGUUGCUAUUUAUGUGGACGCCUGGCUGGCGGCGCCCGUCCAGAUCUGGCAGUUCUACCUGCACUCGCCCACCCGCGCCCCGCGCGGCCCGCCCCCCCGCCUCUCCCUGCUGCUGCGGGGCACCCCGGCCCCGCGGAGGGUGCGCGUCUUCACCUCCCACCCCCAGGAGCUGGAGGUGGAUCCGGACGGUGCCUUCCUUCUCCCCGCCAACGGCAUCCAGGACCUGUACGUCGGCGUGCGGCCUCGGCGGGCUGGCAGCAGGUUCAUCUACCUCAACCUGGUGGAUGUGGAGUCCCACCAGCUGGUGUCCUCCUGGCUGCUCUGCCUGUCCUGCCGGCAGCCCCUCAUCUCCAAGGCGUUCGAGAUCUCGCUCCCGGCGGGGGGCGGGAGAGACCGUUUUACGGUGGUACUAAAUCGCCGAUCCUUGCCGCGACCUCCGCGGCAGGACCGCGGCUGCUCCCGUGGGACGGGACACGGCGCCCGGCGAGAGCCGCUCUCCUCCGGCCACGGGCGAAGGCUCGUGCAGGAGCGUGACCGGGAACCAGUGAUUUACGCCCUGAAUUACGCCUACCGCGCACGCUUCCCUAAUGAAAAAUUCCCUGUCCCCACAACUGUGGCUGCCUGGGGGUCACCGACGUUUGCCGGCAGCUCGUCCCUGCGCCCCACGGGGACCUGCCCUGACACGCUCAGCGAGCGGGAGAGGCCGAACCAGGCUGAGCACGAGCUGCGAAGACAGACCAGGCACCGCGUGUCCCACGCCACCGGCAGCAGUGACUCCAGGAAUCCCCCUCCCGACGGGGAGUGCUGCUUUCUACGGCAGCGAGAAAGUGAUGAGUCGAGCGAGAGCGGGCCCAUCCCCGAGCUGGAGCAAACGCACGUGCUGAGAAAUGUUCACGCCGAUGUUCGGAGGAGCCGGGUGAUUUGUGUAAGCAGCUCCGCCGCGCCGUGGGCGCUCGGCUGGCAGGGCUCCACAGGGCUGCGCCGCCGGACAUCGGCACCGCCGGGCACCGGCACCCGCUCCCGCAUCAGGUGA